AUUGUAUUUGUUAUGGUAUAUUGGCUUUCAAAACUCUCUUUAUCAUUUAAGUACAACGUUUCCUUGACUACUUUGGUAAAAAAUCUGAAUUUUCGUGGCUUUAAAAUCCGUAAUUUUCGACUUUCAAGAAUGGAUUCUGUGAACGAGGCCGCCAGAGGAUGGGCAAACCCUGAGAUUUCAAAUAUCUACGAAAAAACUCGUCCAAACUACAACCCCGAUUCUGUGGAGUUUCUUUUAGAAAAGACCGGUGCUUUAAAGCCACAUUCAGGCCCAGAACCAUUCACUAUCGUUGAGCUAGGAGCAGGCACUGGGAAAUUUACAAGAGCUGCCCUCAAGGUAUUAGAAAGUCGUAAAGUGGAUAAUUAUAAAAUCAUUGCCACAGAACCACUGAAAGAAAUGUGUGAAACUUUCGCAAAAAUGGUGCCGAAUGUGGAAAUAAUGCAAUGUCCUGCAAGCGAUUUAAGUGGAUUUGCUACCAAUUCUGCAGAUGCUAUUCUGGCUGCAAUGAGUUUUCACUGGUUUUAUUCAAAUCAGAAAGCCAUUGAAGAAAUUCAUAGAAUCUUAAAACCCAAAGCAGUGCUUGGGCUUAUAUGGUACAUGCCUGACCGAUCUGUAUCAUGGAUAAGAAAUAUUGAGAAAGCUCUUGAUCCAAGAUUUAAGGCAGCGAAUCAAGUUUAUUCCUAUGAAGAAAAGGUGGUAAUUCCUUUACGAGAUCAUGCUGGGUUCACGAAUGAGGGAUUUAAUCUUACGGAUUUCACAUAUGCUCAGGAAUUUAAUUUGCAAGGUCUCCUGGAGAGGUAUAAAAGUGUAAGUGUUGUAUCAUCUGCAAAAAUGGAUGAAAAAGAGUUGAUUUUAGGCAUGAUUGAGAAAGAAAUGAAAAUCAACCCUGAUGUAAAAAACAAACAAGAAUAUACCUUUAAAUAUAAAAUGAUGAUCCAUUGGUUUGAAAAGGUUUAAAUGCACUGAAUUUUUCGUUUUAUUUUAAA